AUGCCGAAGACGCCGUCGCCUGACCGCUCAGACUUUACCUCCACGCUCGGCCAAGUAGCGACUGCUUCUGAAGCUCCGACUACUACUGCCUCGAACCAUCAAUCCAUACCAGUCUCAGAGGCCCAAGCCGGGAAUGCUGAACAUGGGACAGACCCUACGAGGUCUGACAGUGAGGACAGCGAUGCUGUGCCUGGUCAGUUCGAUUGGCUCAAGGAGGCUACUGACGCGCUUGUUGCCAACAUCGAUGUCGCUGCUACAAACUAUGUCGUGUAUACGCUCUGCCAUACGCAACCUUGCCCUCUUACGAACAUCAUGAUGAAGCCUAAAGACGAGAAGAAGCCGCCUGUUUUCAUUGGUGAUAUCAAGGUGCCAGUGCAAACCACAGAAAUGAUUGGACCCGUUGCAACUACCUUCCAGGUCAUCGAAGCCGCCAUCCAAGAUAGCGCGGAUCCUGGCGGACUUUACAUCGAUAUAACCUACGCAGUGCCCGUAAAAUUCAACAUGAACCACAUUCCCAACAGCCCCGUUACAACACCCAACAUCGGAGCGUCGGGAGCCGACUAUUUCAGUAUGAAUGUCUUCCCCAAAGCGGUCGUUGCAAUGGAUCACCACCACGCCCUCAAUACCUCCGUCCCCUCCUCUCCACACCCCGUUGUGGCGCCUUCCAGCAUCAGUGUCUCCCUGCUUGAACGCUUCAUCCCACCUUCGUCUACCGAGGAAUAUCUCCACCUUUUCGCUAUGGAUGCCCCAUCAGUCCUCGUCGACCGACUCGUUGAGCUUUCGCCAAGAGGAGGCAUGCUCGUCUUCGUCUACCCAACACUCCAAGGAGCCACCACGUUCUCUUCCAGAUACCUUGGUGCGCUUCUCGAUCCCUUAUUACGCAACAUGGUCGGCCUCUACAAUCUCUCUGCCGACUUUGCGUGUGGCAUUGGCAAAGCUGCGGCUGUGCACCAAAUGCUUCCCUACGAAAAAAUGCUACGUAAACUCUCCGCACUCCUCCGCCAGCUCGAGCGCGGCAUUACCGCUCCAAAUCGCCCCAAGCCCAGAUACAAGAUAAUGCACUCGAAUACGCAGGUAGUGCCGCUGGAGCGGAAAGAGUGGACGCAGUGGUGGAUUCAUCAGGAGAGCGAGAGGAUUGCAAAGGUGGUCAAUAACUACUUCAACAAGGGGCUCAUGUUGCCACACAAAAUGAAUUUCUCCGGUGAUAUCGAGGACGUGACGGCCUCGGACUUGGUUCGCGAAGUGUGUGACGGAGUGAAAGAGAGGCCAUAUGCAGAGUGCGACGCGGUUAGAGAGGGAAUCGAGGUCGGAGUGUUCGUUGUGAAGAGGACUGCUUGA